AAAAGAGAAAAAGAUUAAUAUUUUGUGGAAAAAAGAGGGUACAAAAACACACUCAAACACAUAUAGAUAGAUAGUUGUAUAAAGUAGGCGUGGCAAUAUGGACUGUAACCGCCGUUGGGGCAUGGCUCUACUAUUGGCCACCCUAAUUAACAGUUGGCCUCCAGGCGGAAGUCAUGGUGGUAGGGGUGGAAUGGUGGCAGCCACAUCGUUGGAUUGUGCCGAUUGGUUAAAUGCAAGCAGUGAAUGCAACUACUAUUACAACAACAACAUAAACAAUAACAACAACAACAACUAUAAUAAUAACAACAAUAGCAAUUAUCCUCCAUCCUUGGGCCAACAUUGGAAUGACUCAAAGCCAUCAGAUAAUUUGCUAGAAAUGGAAAUGGAAUUGGAUCCCGAAAGUUGGCCAUUGGAGCGUGUUGUAUCCACCAUUGUGCCGGUCUUUUUUGGCCUGAUUGGUUUCGCUGGUCUCCUGGGCAAUGCGCUUGUCAUAUUGGUUGUGGUUGUCAAUCAACAAAUGCGUUCGACUACAAAUCUGUUGAUUAUUAACCUGGCCGUAUCGGAUAUCUUAUUUGUCAUCUUCUGUGUGCCAUUUACAGCUGCUGACUAUGUGCUGCCAGAAUGGCCAUUUGGUAAUUUGUGGUGCAAAUUUGUGCAAUACAUGAUUGUGGUCACAUGCCAUUGCAGCGUUUAUACUCUAGUAUUGAUGUCCUUUGAUCGUUUUUUGGCUGUCGUUCAUCCAGUAACUAGCAUGUCUCUACGUACCGAACGCAAUGCCACACUGGCCAUCAUGUGCGCUUGGAUAACGAUUGUAACGAGUGCCAUUCCCGUUGCUUUAUGCCAUUCGGUUCGCAUCUAUCAAUAUCAUGGACGCGCUGGCACCGCCUGCGUUUUCUCAACAGAGGAAGAGGUCUGGAGUCUAGUUGGAUUUCAGGUCUCAUUCUUCUUGUCAUCAUAUGUGGCCCCAUUGACAUUGAUUUGCUUUCUGUAUAUGGGAAUGUUGGCUCGUCUAUGGAAAAGUGCGCCCGGUUGCAAACCCUCCGCCGAGUCACGCAAAGGCAAGCGACGUGUCACUCGAAUGGUUGUUGUUGUUGUAUUGGCCUUUGCCAUCUGUUGGCUGCCCAUUCAUGUCAUUCUUGUGAUGAAGGCUCUGAAUUUAUAUGGCGGUAGCCAUUUAUCGGUCAUUAUUCAAAUAAUAUCACAUGUUUUGGCCUACACAAACUCCUGCAUUAAUCCCAUACUCUAUGCCUUUCUAUCUGACAACUUUCGCAAGGCAUUCCGUAAGGUGGUCUGGUGCGGCCCUCCACCAAUUAUGACCAAUCAACAGACAACUAAGACCACACGCACUGCAACCGGCAACGGAACGUCCAAUAUUGAAAUGCUCUAAGCUGUUUUUGGAAUAUUGUUUGGCU